CUUUACUAUUCAUAUUUAUAUACCUUAAUAUCUAAGCAACACAGCGCGCGAAACCUCCAGCAUUAUUUUACAAUGGCUACGGUGAUUAUUGGCCAAUACUCAUACGCCUUCGUACAAAGCGGAGGCUACGAUUAUGCCAGCAGUGGAGGUGUCACCUACUACUAUCGCCAAACAGGCACAACGCAAUGGCUUGAAUACACGCAAGCUCAGAGUGGUGGCACAACUACCCAAACUCAAAGUGGUUACACGACCACCCAAGCCAGCAGCAGUAGCGGUGGCACCGUUCCCGCGCAAUACUCCAAUCGCCUGGUAUCUAAUGUGUACGAGGGUCAAAUGGGCGGGAUAAACAUAAGAUGGGGACCUGUCGCAAUCCAGCGGUUGCAGGACAACACAUCCGCCAAGGGGAUAUCGUUGUACACGAUGAAGGCUCUUUGCGAACAUUUCGUCUAUCUGAUGGCUAGGCGAUUGGUGAACCAGGGAAUUAAUAUCUCAACCGCUACUAUCAAGUAGACUGGAAACUUACCUUCAUAAAACACCUCAAAAUCUCUUCAAUAUUGGCAUAGUAAGCUGACUGUCUCUAUAGGUCAGCACCCCAUGACUUUACCGAAAACACUGCGACGCAUGUCACGACUGCUGAUGAUGAGCAUAUCACUGCUGAGCUGACCGGCAAAAGGAAGGCCCACGUUUACCUUUCAGGGGUAGGUUCCGGCGCAACAGCCUAUGAUAAUGUGAGCAUGAGGGGAGAAAGUAUCAUGAC